UUUACAGAGUCCAGCUGGCUGAGGACAUAUGAUCUGUUAACGGCACGUCACACAGGAAGAGAUAUGGGAUUAUUCUAUUCUAAAGAUGCCACAUCAGAUCCUUCCCCGUUUUGUGACGAAUGGCGACGUGUUAACUGGAACGACAAAACGACUGAUCUGCGGAUUUUCAGGAGCCACAGACCUCCUGCUAAUUGCCAGCAUGUCAGGAUUCUCCUUCAUGGACAGUUAGGAGCUGGAAAAUCCAGUUUUAUCAACUCAGUCUACACGGCCCUACAAGGUAGACUGUGCAGUUUAGCUCCUGUGGGUAACAACUUUCAGGGCAGUGUCACAAAACAGUACAAAACCUACAGGAUUGAAAAAGAUGGGAACAGUUUUUACCCGUUUGUCAUAAAUGACAUGACGGGCAUGCCAAACGGCUCCAAGAGAAACCAAAUCACCUAUUUGAAAGACAUUAAACUGACAAUAAAAGGUCGUAUGAAGGAAGGUUACACGUUCCAUCCUGAAGUCAGCCUCCAAAAAGGUGAUCCGUACUACAAUGACCGUCCAACUGCUGACGACAAAGUGCAUGUUCUGGUUACUGUUUUUGAUGCUAACACUGUCAGCCUGUUGCCAUCUGACAAUGUCUUCACAAUUCAUCAAAUCAGGGAAUAUGCCUUGGAUCUGGAGAUUCCUCAUAUGGUCAUUCUGACCAAAAUUGACGAGGCCUGCCCUGAAUUAAAAGAUCUAAAGAAUGUCUACAAGAGCACAAAACUGAAGGAAAUGAUUGAAAAUGUUAGCAGAGAGUUUGGAAUCCCUGUGAGCAGCAUCUUCCCAGUGAAAAACUACCAUAAUGAGGUUGGCACAAACGAUGACGUCGAUAUUCUCAUCCUGCAAGCCCUGAAUCGCAUCAUCGAGACUGGAUAUGAUUACCUCAACAAAUGUCAAUUAGAGGCAUAAUAAAACCACAUAUUUUGGGGAUCAACUACUAUUUACGUAAAUGUAAAAAAAAAAAAAAC